AUGGUCGCCCAGUCCGACAACUUCAAGCUGAGCCCCUCGCGGAAGCGGGCAUUGUUGCAUUUUGCUCGGUCCUUCUGGCACAGUGACCGUCACCGUGACGAUCGUCACUUCCAGUUGCACUGCAACUUGCACAACGAUAAGUGGAGGUGGAGUCCACCUCAGUCAAGAAUGUCAAAAGGCGACGACGACUGGUGCAAUGCUGCUGCCGUCACUUGA